GAAACAUGAGCAGGCGCAGAUAUUCAGAGUCCUGGGCCGCAGGAGAAAAGCGGAGGAGGAGACGGCGGUCCGUGUGGUUCAAGCUCAGAAACUCAGGCGGGGAACGUGUGAGCGGGGCAUGGACGGCUGGGAGCAGGAUUGUCGUUCAGCACAGCCGGGAGACGCAGGAGGAACCGGGGAAGGAGAAACACGGGGACGCUGGGACGGUUUUUCCUCCACACACCUUCAGAGUUUGUGCGCAGCAGAGGCAGAGACCUGCGGACCGAGCGGCCAGAGAUGAACACCAUUGUGUUUAACCAGCUGAGCAGCCAGAUCCUGUUUGAGGAGAAGGCGAAUGAGGUGGAAAUGAGCAGCAGAAGUUACCUGGAAGUCAUCGACGGCCAACAUCCAGAUCUCCUCUGCAGCAGCGCGGCCAUCAGAGAAAGCCAGGCGGUCCGACACAGGCGGAGCGGGGGUCGUCCCAGCGGCAGCAAAGUGCGACACAAGCGCCAGGCCCUGCAGGACAUGGCCCGGCCGCUCAAGCAGUGGCUCUACAAGCACAGAGACAACCCCUACCCGACCAAGACGGAGAAAAUCCUCCUGGCGCUCGGCUCGCAGAUGACUCUGGUCCAGGUGUCCAACUGGUUUGCCAAUGCUAGGAGACGCCUGAAGAACACAGUGAGGCAGCCGGACCUGAGCUGGGCCCUCAGGAUCAAACUCUACAACAAAUACGUUCAGGGCAACGCUGAGAGGCUCAGUGUCAGCAGUGAUGACAGCUGCUCAGAAGAUGGCGACAACCCUCAGAGGACACAGAGUGGUCCUGAGCUUCUCACCAAACCCUUGUACCCGAGCGUCAUCAAGAGGGAGAGCUCCUCCAUGGUGGCCAUGACCAUAGGUAUGGACCCGGGGCUGCGUUCUGCCGUUGAGGCCGCCUCUCUGGCCGAGGACUACGUGUCUCCACCAAAGUACAAGAGCAGCCUGCUGCACCGCUACCUGAACGACUCUCUGCGGCACGUCAUGGUGACUAACGCUGUCAUGGACGCUCGCAAGAGGAACCACUCUGGCUCCUUCAGCUCCAACGAGUACGACGAUGAGCUGCUGUCGCCGUCCUCCUCUGAAGCUGAGGCCAACUUUGUUUAUCAAGCUGAAACCACAGACCUUGGGCCAAGUAAAUGUGACAAUGGCAGCAGUGGCGUCGCAGCUACGCAGAAGGAGGAGGUGAAGGCCAAAGAUGAGACGCACUGGAAGGAGAUCAACGCGGCCAUGGCCUUGACCAACUUGGCACAGGGGAAGGACAGCGUCUCUGGGACAACCAGCUGCAUCAUCCAGAAGUCCUCUCACAUAGCUGAGGUGAAGACUGUUAGAAAAGCUGCUGCUGCUGCUGAAGUAUUAGCUCUGACGUUAUCCGUCUAUGCAAAGCAGCAAACAUUCCUCUCUCAGCAAACAGAGACCAAAUAACUCCCCCUGACAGAAAAACAACUGGUGCUGAAGGAGGAGAAAGGGGAUCUGAAAGGCCCAAAAUUCAACUGUUGGUCUUAUUGAAAAUGUCCAAAAGUUGCGUUGGCCAUCCUUUUCUUAAAACAAGGAACUUUUGUAAUCUUAUUUUUGUAUUUCUAUUUUUUACUGGUCCAGAUUCAGUAUUCACCAAAGAGCCUUUGUUUUGUAGCAGAUUUGCUCACUGAUUGUUCAGAUAUUCAGCAAACAUGAUCUAGUUGUUCUGAAAGGAAAGUCAGGAACAGUGAAGCUUCACUGCAGCCCCUAUGUUUAGAAAUGGGGGUUCCGUCACUGCCCUUGUUCCUUUGAGCAGGUGCCUGGAUGAACCAUUAUAGGAUUAAACAUGUUAUUGUUGCCUGUAGGUGUCGACUCAUCUUGGAUCCGUCCUCUCCUGACUGACCCAGUAUAUACGGGUCUGUAAGGUUCUGUUCAUGUGUGUCAUAAUGGACUCUGUUUCAGAAAUACUAGCGUGUGGAUUUUCUGACACUCAGACUGUUGUUGUGAUCAGAGACUUUGGGAAAGAAUCAAACUGCACAGCUACUUUGUUGACAUGUGUUGAAUUGUUUAAAAAGCUCCACAGAGAGUUCCUGGUUGGGACGUGUUUUAACAGAACGGUGAAGGAAAGUCUGACUAAAGAGGGAUAAAGUUACAUUAUUUUACUUGGUGGGACAAUUGAAGAACCCCGAUAAGUCUGUAUUAUUUUAGGGCCAGUCAACAGAACGAUUUUUGGAUAAAUAAGUCAGGAAGGAGGUGAAGUGAGGUCAAACAAUGAAGCUCAUGAUGAUAAUUUUGUAAAAGGCUCGAUGAGCUGAAAUCACUGUCUCUGAUCCUGACCAGAACUGAUGCCUUAACAGGGAGAACCUUGUUCCCCGACAACAAAAGGGUUGUUAUGGCCAUUGUAGCAUCAGACAGUAUAUCAGGACGUGUAGGGAUGUAACUUUGCUAUAACUUCUAUUUUUAUCAAAGCAAUGAAAGUGGUACGCAUAAUUAUUUUUAUUGUUUUCUAAUAUAUUUGUUUAUUCAGAUGGAGACUGGAUGUUCAGUCCAAUGAUCAAAUACAUAUCUGCUUGUUUUGUCUGGUUUGUUCUCAAGUAAAAUGUCUUUUAUAAAACUGUUACUUUGUGACAGAAAUUAAUAAACUAUUGAAUGAAA